GUAUCUAUGGCGCAAACAUUUCGAGUGCAGGUUAUGUAAUCAGCUUAUGCUCCUUAGAAAAAUGUAAAUUGAAAGUUAUCUGGGGCCAAUGGCAUCGCCAUAGGCAUGAUCAGGCAGGUGCUCACGCUGCGCUGGCUGGACGCCCGGGAGAAGAGCUCGCAGCUGGGCCGCUGGCUGCUGCUGGCGCUCACGACCCUAGACGUCGCCGUGGUGGCCGUGCUGGCGGCGCUGAGCGUCUACAGGCUCUGGCUGUGGCUGCUGGGGCGCCGCCAGGUACCGGCUGAUACCAAGGUCACCAAGGAGGAACACCAGGCCGUGAUUGUCGCGCCCGUAGCACCGGGCGUGUACUCGGCCUUCUCGGCAGGCACGCAGCUGUUUGCGGAGAGCAUGCCCGAAGAUGGCGACUCCCUUUUCAUGGCUCUGGCCCGCCAGCUGUACGGCUCACUGCCAGGCGGCGACCAGCACCGCCAGCAGGCCACGAGGCUGCGCAUCAAGGCCGUCACCCAGCUGGCGGAGCAGCGGAGGGACUACUGGCAGCUGCUGCUGGAUGCCGUGGCCAGUCACGGCCCGAGAUACGCGGCGCUGAGGAGGGACCAGGCCAAGGUGAACGCCUACCUGACCGAUCUGGCGACGCAGGGCUUCCCGGCGGGCGCUGAGUCGGUCAGCGCACUCGCCGACAGCGUGGGCGUCAACAUCCUCGUGUACACCCACGACCUCGACUACUACUACGUGCCGAGCACCCAGAAGAAGGUCGCCCUGGAGGCGGUGAUCCUGGAGCGACUGCGGGGCGCGCACGGCACGCACUACGACAGUGUUCUACUCGUUAUUCCCUUCGAGGAGGACGAGGACGAGGUCGGCGCCGUCGAAAAGGAGGCUCAGAGCAGACCCGGCAGUGCUGGUGAGGGAGCGCGGCACAACGUGCGCCUAGUGCGGACCCUGGACGAACUGCUAGAGGUGGAGCGCAUGCCCGCUGACGGCAACUCGCUGUUCGCGGCGCUGGCCCACCAGCUGCUGGGACGCCCGCUGAGCUCGGCCGAGCUGGGGAGGCACGCCGCCAGGCUGCGCCAAGACGUGGUCUCCUACCUCACCGCACACUGCGACGACUACUGGGACCAGUUGGUCGAAGCGGCGGACGCUCGUGACGACAGGUACGCCGACCAGCCCACGGACGAGGCCAAGGUGCAGCUCUUCCUCGCGGACCUGGCUCACGCGGGCUUCGCGGCGUGCGGCCUCGCGCUCGCCGCCGUCGCUGACAUGCUGGGCGUGGACGUGCGCGUGCACGUGGAGGGGCUGCAGGACUUCCUCGUGCCGAGCGUGGACCACAGGGCCAGCAAGGAGCUGGCGGUGGUGCUGCGGUGGCGCGCCAGCGGCCUGGACCCGCCGUUCGGGCACUUCGACAGCGUCACGGGCGUCGCGUAGCGCUCUCCCGCCACGCACCAGCGUCUUGUUUCUUACAUUCCCACACUAAAUAAAGACUUCUUUGUUUUUAAAAAGAAAAUUAAAGUGAUUUCAUCCCCAAGGGGUGCAAAA